AUGGGUUCUAGCAUUUGCUCGAAAUUUCGAAAGUGGAGGAAAAAUCUUGGGUCGAAAAAAGGAAAAGAUCAGGAGGAGAAUACCAUUUUGACAGUUAACGCAGAAACUACUACAGAUGAAAAACUUGCACCUAACAAAUUGAGGGAGAUAAUUCGUCAAGAAGACGAUGAAUUAAAAGUCGUCCCGUAUACUACAGCAGAGUUAGAGGAGUUGGUAGUUGAUCUCGAAAAACAGCUUCAAGAACUUUGGUGCAACAAACCCGAAAGAGAAAAACUUUUUUUAGACUUGGGACAUGCGUACUACAAAUUAUGCAAGUUUGAAACAGCAAAAUAUUACUACGAGCAGUAUUUUAAUCUUGUGAAACGCAAAGGCUCUUUAAUUCAUUUACAAAGAGCUUACUGUAAUCUGGGAUGCGUUUACAGAAGACUUGGGAAUUUUGACAAAGCGGCGGAGUUUUUAGAGAGUGGUUUAGCUAUCGCUGAGGAGCUUCAAGACUUAAGAGCCCAAGGAAGGUUUUAUAAUAACCUUGGAAAUGUCUGCGAGAUGCAGAAGGAUUUUGAAAGCGCCAUAUACUAUCACUCAAAAAGACGGAAGAUGGCUGAGGUAUUGAAAGAUGGGGACAGCGAAGCGAAAGCCAGUGCAAGUAUUGCUAACGCCUAUCACUGUAUGGGGAAUUUAAGGAAAAGCAUUGCAUACUAUGAAAGAGUUAUUCUUUGGUUAAAAAGGAAGCUAGGUAAGGAAAAAAAAGUCUAACGGAGUAGCAGAUUGCCAUGACGACCCGAAAUAAGCAGCAGUGCUUAUUUAACAUGUUGAACAAGGAAUUUGAACCGAGAAGCAACGUUCAGUUUUUUAAAAGAUUUUCUCGCUGGUGAAACGAUAGCAUUUAUUUGUGUUUUUAAAAUUACGUUCUGUUAAGGAGUGUAUUAGUGCGAAUUGAGCCGACAGAAAACCCUCCCAACAUUUUUACAAUUUAUUGCUUUGAAAAUUGACAGAAUUUUAAGAAUUUAUCAAACCUAAAGUGUCAAGUUUGUAAACUGCUUUAGCGUGAACGAACACAUAACAACUAAGUGCAACAUCGAACUCAUAUUUUUGAACGUUUUCACUUCACAUUAAGCUUCACUAAGACCUCCAUAUCGUAUUUACAAAACGCACAGUUUGCCACGUAAACAAAGAAAGGAGGGCUUGUGCUUCCUAGCAUAUCUUCUCGUGCGCUUGACCUAAUUUCAAAGACUAAUCUUCGGGUUACGAUUAGUUCAAUCCAUCAGUCUGUUUUUCUCACGACGAAAUGUACUUGGCCAAACUAUGCAGCAUCAUGUAAUAAAAACCUAAGUUUGAAUUGUCUGUUCUGUACUAUUGAUCAUGAAAACCGCUAUUAACGACCAAAAUGGAUAUUUUUCACUCAAAAUAAAUAUUUAAUUUAUUUGCAGCUUAUCAAGAAAAGCAGAAAAGCAGAUUGAGCUUGUUAUCGCAGAUAUCCACGGAAGAUGAAGAGUGGGUAUAGAACCUGGUGCCAGAACAUCCAACACCUAUCGUACGCAGCUCAACACCAUCAACUGAAACUAAGCAUUUUAAUCUUGACUUCUGAUUACAAUAUCAGAGUACCUGGUUGCAUAAUACACAGAGC